AAGAAUCGAAGCCCCGCAUCGUGUACCUCGGCAGCCCAUCCUGGCCCGCCACGGACGAAUUACAACAACAAACACUAGGUAGUUCUCGUGCAACCCUUACUCUGUGUAGGUUUACCGCAUUAUCCCUGAGUUGUCCUCCGUUAUAGUCGCUGCAGCCUAGAAAUUAAUAACAUCUCUAGAACCAUUUCUGUCAUCUUGACGCCGGCCACGAUUUGGUAACCUGCAAUCCCUGCGCAACUUGUCCAUAUAUAACCAUAACGAAACACUUCGAAGUGCGCAUCACCACGUCCAGUAUUGUAGGACACCACCGCGGUCUUUAUCACAGCCAUGGCCGAUUUCGAAACCAUCAUCAACGACGCCAUUGCAGCGCAAGAAAUCCCCGGGUGUGCUCUAGCGGCUACAAGCCGUGAUGGCUCCUUCACAUACUCCAAAGCCUUCGGGAGCACCUCAAUAAACCCCGGCUCAGCCAAGCCUAUGGACCUCAACACCAUGAUGUGGGUCGCAUCCUGCACCAAACUCAUGACGGCCCUCUGCGCCAUGCAACUUGUCGAGCGCGGUCAUAUCACCCUGAAUGAACCCAUAUACACCCACAUCCCGGAGCUGGAGUCACUCAACGUUCUCACCGGUUUCACCGACGCGGGAGUCCCCAUCGAAGAAAAGCAUAAAACCCCCAUCACUCUCCGCCUAUUGCUGACACACUCGAGCGGCCUGACGUACGAGGGCAUGCAUCCGAAAACGCUCGCCUGGCUGAAGUAUCAUGGUAAGAAACUGAACGCCAAGCCAACGGUGGUGGAGCGAUUCAACGCGCCGCUUGUGUUUGAGCCGGGAGAGAGCUGGGCGUAUGGGCCUGGGGUUGAUUACGCUGGACUGCUAGUGGAAAGGAUCUCAGGUCUCACACUAGAAGAGUACAUGAAGAAGAACCUCUGGGGUCCACUCGGCAUCACCGACGUUACGUUCUUCCCCUCGACACGCCCGGAUCUACAAGAGAGAAUGGCGGAAAUAUCAGGCCGGGGUGAAGACGGGAAACUAGUUGUUCAUGAUGGUAAGAUGCCUUAUGUAGAUGAUAAGGGCGAAGAGGUGACGGGUUGUAUGGGUGGACAGGGUAGCUUUACCUGCGCGAAGGAGUAUAUUAAGGUGUUGAAGGGGGUGUUGGAUUGUGAUGAUGAAGGCGAGGGGAAGGUGCUGAGUAAGGAGAGUUUGGAAGUGUUUUUCAAGCCGCAGCUGGGCAAAGGGAGUAGGGCGAUGUUGAAUGCGAUUGUGCAGGAUGAUAUGGCAAACAACGCAAUGGGCGGUACCCCCAAACACGUAGCCAAAGACUACGCUCUCGGCGGCUUGGUCAUGUUGGGAGACGCGCCCGACGGCAAGAAGGCAGGAACGAUGCUUUGGGGCGGCUAUCCCAAUCUCAUCUGGUGGAUCGACCGUAAGACUGGACUCGCUGGGAUUUACGCUGGGCAGGUUGUACCGCCUGGGGAUCUGAUUUGUGGGAAAUUGAUGAGGAAGUGGGAGGAGGGUUGUUAUGGGAUGUUUGAGAAGCAUAGCGAGAAUGAGUCGAAAUUGUGAAGGUGCUGGUGAAAGGGCACAAGUAACAAGGCGGAUGUGCUGACGUCCUCAGAAAAGUUGUAGAAGCGAAGACGUAGAAAUGGUAGGGCAGAUAUCGGGCUCAUACAGUGCAGAGUGAAGAC